AUGAAGCAAGUGCUGAUUUUGCACAUUUUUCUUUCUCUCCAGCUCGUCUCAUUUCUCCGAACCAAUCCCGCCAAUGAUGGUAGUGACGUUUUAUUAUCCUCCGCGCGCUCGGUUAUGGAUAGCUACAAGGCUGUUGUGGUAGAUGAUAACAUUGUAGCAAAGCACAUAGCCGCACAAGGCGCCGAGGAGCAUGUACACGGCUCCCAUUGGAUUCCGGGGAACCGUGGUUGUGGCUCAUUUAGUUCCCAACAAGAAAGAGCGGUCAGAAACGAGCUCGCUUAUCAUCCACGGCAUUUACCGGUAUUGCUGAAAGGGUUCCUGCGGGGAUCACUACUGGCCAGGGACAAUGCUUCUGCGCUCUGCCGGAUCAUAUGCACACGUCCAAAAGGCGGGUUCUGUACGGGCGUCAUUUUGAUAUGUAAUACCUACACAGAGAAGCGGAAAGCUCCGUCAGAAGUACACAACGAGAUGGCGGAGAGCCACGCAAUGUGGACAAGUGAAAUGGUCUCCAAAAAGAUCGGAAGGUUGAUCGGAAAUAAGAGCUAUUUGAGCUUCGAAGGUGGAGAACACUACGGGCCACAAACUUUGGUGCACGUCCCGGAUGGUCCGGGCGGCAUAUCCAAAGCAUUCGUUUCCUGUUCAUGA